CGCGCCUGGACCAGCCUCUGCUCCGGAGGACGUUAGGGCGGUAGGCGAGCUGAAAGGGGAACGCAGAAAGCGUGCCACCAGUGCCGCUCCCGAGGCAAAUGCCGUGGGCAUUUGCUAGCAGCGUUUACCCUCGAUAAUGUCGUUACGAUCAUACUGGCCGGGAUCGUCCUGCGAAGGUAUUCAAUCUGUGAUCAAUCGUGACGUUGAAGAGCAAGGAAACUACUGGUCGCAUAGUAAUACACGUGAUCGGUGGAUCAAUGUUUCCCCAGUAUAACCAUCGUUCGCGUAAAUAUACUUUAAAGUAACUUUAAACACGAAUUAGGAAACCAGAGAUCGGAUUAUAACAAGUCGUGGGCCACCUGUGAAUCUACGUGAACGGUCAUCGAUGGGAAAUAUUAUUAUAUACGGUGGUCAGAGAUUGUGAAUUUUUGUCUCUGUAAUAUUCCUGGAUCUUUCGUUCAAUUUUGUUUACUUCGUCGUAUGUUUGUGUGCCAAGUGGAUUGUAGCGGAGUCUACUACCAGAAACGCUGUUGCAGCCUAUUAAGGUCAACGUUAUUGACAAUACGAUUGACGACUACUUGAUGUCUUGUAAAAAGUCAGCAUGAAAUAUUUGAAAAUCAUUCUGUUCACAUUCAACUUGUUAAUAUGGUUGGCCGGGUGUACGGUGUUGAUAAUAGGAGCGUGGUUGCUGCUGGAGCCAAGCAAGGGACAUCUGCUAAAUCUUUUCGUACCUAACGCUACGCCACACGAGACUAUCAACUUAAUAGCUGACAGUCUGCUGGGUCUCGGUUUUACGGUGCUCACAGUUGGAAUCUUCGGAUGUCGUGCCGCAUUGUACGAAAAUCAAUGUAUUUUAGCUACUUACAUGAGCAUGCUCGUAGCUCUAAUCGUCACAGAACUGGUUACUGCCACGGUCGGCGGAGUGAUGACCUUUCAAAUACUUUCUGGAUUAGAAGGAAGAUUAAUUAGCAAAUUGGCUGACGAAUAUGGUCAUGAACCAACCAGCGAUAUACCUUUCAGCCAUAGUCUCGACUUCGCACAAUAUAAGUUUAAUUGCUGUGGAAUACAUGGGUAUGGAGAUUACAAUGGUACGGCUUGGUGGAGAGACGCGCAAAUUUCAGGAAAUAGGAGGCAGGUCCCUCUCACGUGCUGCGUUUUAAAGAAUACCGAGGUGAAAAAUACUGGCAGUCCUAUGAGCGUCGUUUCAAGAGUAUUUAAUAAAAAUACCGAGAAACCAUGGCUAAAUCCAAAACCAAAAGAUGAAGUAGCAUGUCAAGUGGAUGAUAAAGAAGGCCACGAUGGAUAUCGGCAUAAAGAGGGCUGUCUCGAUAAGGUCACUGGUUGGUUGCAGUACGAGAGUUUCACCUUAGUAUUUUUGGGCAUGGCGAUGGCUGGUAUUCAAACGUUCGGGAUAAUAACAUCAGCUUUCCUUUGUCGAACGAUAAGAGACAUGCAGGUGGAUUGAGAUACGUGUUAUAUUUGCGAGGACAUUUUAACGUUAAUUAUGUUAACGCUUACGACGAUUUUGUAACCUAUAUAUUCGAAAAGGGAACAACGACAGUGACCGAUCCUAGGAAACGUAAGCAAACGAGAAAGCUAGUUCUGCUAGCUCUAAUUAAAAAAUUGGUACAUGGUUGGUUGCGAAGUUUAUCGUAAGAUAGAAUGCUAUGCUUGCUCGAAACCUAAUAAGCUAUUCCUUCCUUCCAAUGUGUUUCACUGCGAAGUAUGAUACCGAUUCAGAACAGAAUGGCAUUUAUUAGUAGGUAUUUAUACGAAUGUUAAUUAUCGUGUUUACUCCAAAUACUGUAGGAAAAUGACUUGAUGUUUGGCGGUACGGUACAGGGGCAAGAAGGGUCUUUCACUCUGUGUUCUGUUUAUAGUUUUUAUUGGCUACGCGCAAUCGUAUUGACGAAUAAUAAAUUAGUAUUAUAAGAAAGAUAAGAACUGACCAAUCAGACCCAUAUUCCUCAACCUAGCCAUCAAGUGAUCUCCCUACAGUACAAAUGAUUUAAGGGGUUACACACUUUUGAUUAGAUGAAAUAAAUUGAUUUUUCAAAAACUGUAUAUUCUGGUAGUGCAACCCUUCUAGAAUAUUUUCCCAGUUUUAUUCAGAAAUUUGUAAAACUACCUAAAUUAAAUCUCCAGUAUUUUCGAGAGAUCGUAUCAGUGGUAACAUAUGAGCGAAACUUUGAACCAGAUUGGGAUUGAAAAGGUUCCGAAAAUAAUUGUUUGAAACUGUUGGGUAUAUAUUGGUUUCGACUGAGACAGUUAUGGAAAACCGUGAUAAAUUAAUAACUGUUAUGUGGUAUAUCAAUUCUGAGCUACAUCGGUUUCGGUUUCGAGUCUUUAGAACUAAUAUUACAUAUAUGAGUUCUAUAAUUGUUAUUUUUCGAUUCUUCAUUUCAGUUCUAUAUUUUGAUUUUACAUUUCAGUUAUAUUAAAUACCGGAGAACGUUCGUGUAGUUUUCUUACUAACAAUGACUUGAACUUCGAUUUCAAUUAGCAUUUCACUAGUUUAAUGAAUGAAGUUGAUAUUAGUAGCAAGUUAAGUUUAUGGUUUGUUAUCAAAUAAAAUAAAAUUAUCUUACAAAAACGUACCCUGUGUUUAAAUUUUGAUUUAAGAAGUCUUCUACGUGAUACACAGGGUGUUGCGUAACUAGUGGUGCAAGCGAACGGGGGAUUAUUAUACGUGAAAAACUGAAUCGAAAAUAAAGAAUAAAAUUUUUUCACGUGAAGCAUUGUUUCCAAAAAAAUGCGCUUGAUUCAGGUUUAGUUCUACGGAUUUCACAAUCUUACUUUCCUGAGUAGGAGAGUAUUUCUGUGCUUCUGUAAUAUUUACAAACAUUAUCAACAUAAUGGUAUCUCUUGUACCUGUUCUACUUUCUUUUUAUCUUUAUGGAACAGAGCUUUUAAUUUUCGAAAUACAGUGAAUAUAGUCGAGAAGUAAGACCCUAUUUAAAUGAAAAUUAUCACUACUUGAUUGGCCGCGAUGGCCAAACACCUUGGCCGCCACGGUCUCUGGACCUAUUAUCUUCAGAUUUUUAUUUGUGGGUCAUGUCAAGCCGAUUGUGUGUACUGAUAACAUAACAAACAUUGAACAAUUAAAAUAAAAAGCUAUUAUAGCGUUUGAACAAUUAAAAUUGUAUAAUGAUACAUAAUGAUAAUGAAACGUUCGGUACAAUUGAAUAAGAAGGGCACAGUUGUGUUUGCAACAGCGUAGACAUCAGUUCCAACAGUUCAUAAAUUAGACGAAUUCUUGAAAAAUGAGUAGUUUUAAAAUUGCAGUCUCGAUUAUCGAUCCAUUUGGUGUAUACUAACGUUGACAAUGUUUAAGAACAAGAAUGGAGGUGAUCCACAGUGAAAUACGUCGAAAACAAAGCUUCAUAUGGAAAAAUUUCAUUCUACAUUUUCAAUUUAGUUCUUCACGUAGAAUCUCUCCCUGCUCGCUUGUACGGUCAGUUACGAGACUCUUUGUAUACCCUAAAAUGAUACAUCAUUAUUUUUGGAUUGUAAAAUAUACAGUGUAUCAUAUAUGUAUUACGUAGAACCGAACUAAAGCUGAAAUGCGGAACCGAAAAAUAACAGUUAUAUGUAAAAUCGAUUUAGGACUGAUAUAAUAUCGGUUAUCAAGAGUCAGAACCGAUAUACCUACAUAAUAACAGUUGCGACUCUAUUUCAGUUAUUUAUAACUAUUUUAAGAACCGAAACCGAUAUCAUAACACGUUCUCAAAACGGAGUUUGAAAAAUGGUACCAAAAAUAUCUCAGAGACUACUCGACCGAUUUUUUAAAAAACUGGUUUUAUACAAAAAUGAUUUUGUCAAAAUCACCUUCAAUGAUGACUAGAUUCUUUUAUGUAGUUUAAUCUAAAAUUAAAGUAAAUGAUUUUAAAUAAACCCCCUUGCAAAUAUAUCUGGUAUCGCAAACGGUACUUCGCAAAAAUGAAUUUGGAAAAGCAGCUGCCAUGUUCUUGUAUCUAGAGAAAUUGAAUUUUAAUUUUUAGCAAAUAUUAUAUAAGUCCCGUACAAUAAAACCUAUAUAUUGAUUUUGUAACAAAAUGUUAAUUUGCAUAUAAAAAGGAAGUUAUUAAACUUCUGGUAUUUUUCAAGGGUUCAGAAGUAUGGAAUCCCUUAAUGUUAUUCUAUACAAUGUAAUUUAUAAUAUAGAUUGUUGAAUAUGAUAGAGACGCCAUCAUCGUGAAUAUUAAACCCAUGUCGUUCAGUAAGUUGUUUUAAAGACAGUAUUCAACUUCUUUUAACGAAACCGUAGUUAAUUAGAAGAAACAUAAAUUUGUUGGUCAUUGCAAUAAAAAAGAAGCUAUAUGUAUUGUAUAAGUAAUGUAAAUUAUGCAGUCAUCCGUUUCAUUUAUUUGUAUAGUCACAUAGAUUACCACUACUAUAUCCUGCAUAAUGGAAUAUAUUGUGAUCCUGCACGUUUUGUAAAAUUUUGCGAAAGUAGACAUAUUACAUAUUUUUUGUAAGACAAAAUCAUUAGUGUUUUCAAUGUGUCUCAGACUUUCCUAUCAACAUUAUUUUUAUCAUAUUAAAGUAAAAAAUAAUGAUGUACUCUACAUUGAAUCUCAAAAGAAACCAAAUUACAUGUACAUAUAAAAUUGCAUGAUCUAAGUAAAUACUAUGUGCUGAUAGAGAGUUACCACUUGGGUCGGCAUAGGGCUAUGAGGGGUGAUUCGAUGUACGUUUUAUUUGGGGCAUUGAUUAAUUACCGUAUGGUUGUAUUAUAAAUAGCAUAUUUCUAUCGAAAAUGCAUGUAAGAAGAGACGUACCUCUUUGCACCCUGAAUAAUGAAUACUUUGCGGACGAGAUUUUAAAAAAACUUUAUAAAUUCUUCUCAUAAGAAAUUAAAUUGUACAUCUAACCGGGAAAGGUAUCGAACUCGGAAAUUCAAGAAAUUAUGAAAUGUUGUGUAUAAGUAGAGUAAGUUAAGCCUAUUAAAUUGCAAUUUUUUUCGCGCGGAAUUUAAUUGUGAAAGGGUGAAACCCCUUGAAGAAAACGCUAAUUUUUCUUUUAUAUGGUUUACCUUAAAAACAGUAAAAAAUACAUUGUUCUUUCACACGAAUAUAAUUGUAUUUUGAAAAAUUGGAACUUAUUCUAAAAUUUUAUUUUGCAAUUUUAUACAUGUAAAAGAAUCAUGUAUUCAUUGUUUAAAUGUAAAAGAAUAAUGUAUUUAUUGUUUAAACUUUGCUUCGGUAUCUUUUACCGUUUUCAAAGUAAUACACGGGAAAUAAAACCACGGGUGGGUUACUCCUUCAAAAUGAAAUUCGGCACGAAAAAAGUUGCAAUGUAUUAAGCUUGACUUACUUUACUUAUACACAAAACUUCAUAAAUUUUUGAAUUUCCAGAUUCAAUACCUUUUCUUGUAAGUAUUUUGCCGUAGGGAAGAACAAGCACACAUUAAUUUCUCAUUAUUCGAAUAAAUCAAUUUAUACAUUUGCAGCUUUCCAUUUUAGAUAUCAAAGAUUGAAAUUGCCAUAAUGAUGGCAUUCGACCGCAAAGGGUUAAAUCCUCGUUUCUUUCAGCUAUCUGCUAUUGCCAGUUUCGCCUAAUACAUUGCUUACAAGUUUAAAAUAAGAUGUUCCUUUAAUACGUAAAUGAUUUAAUGAAAAUAUUGUUUUGACGCAGCAAGAAAUCGGUGCUUCAUUGUAAUUAAGAGUACAAUAAUAUCAUUCUUUCGAAAAAUUAAAUUAAGUUAAAUAUAAUAAAAGUCCAAAGAAUCUUCCUUAUUUGGUAAUAUCUUAGUACAUCCCUGCAAUAACUGAUUUUAAUGAAACCAUUACUUAUUGUAAGAAGUACAAAUUUUUAACAACCUUUUCCUUUGAAAAAAAUGUCGGUGACAUUUAGUUUCUAUUGGUUACUUUCUUUUUUGGAAAUUUUCUAUUGGUUGCUUCCGAAAAAGAAUUUUCAUAUUGGAUAAUAAAGGAAGAUAAUAAGUAAAAACUCACGAUCAUGAACAAUGAGCAACACCCGGCCAGUGUAGGGUGUAAUAGAAAUGAAUAAUUUUAGGGUUAGACUGCGUUACCUCGUAUUCUGUUCAUUCUCUUUGAAUAGAUUCCGAAAAUGUGUACAAUAGAAAAUAGAGAACUUCUUUAACUUUUAUUAAAAACUGUCGUACUCUUUCGCUUUUUAUAAAAAAUCGUCGAAUUCAUACUAAAAGAAUUUUCACAACUAUAAAAUAAAAGAAUAGAUGAAAGAGCAGUAGUAUAUACCCUCUCCCCAUUCCAAAAAAAACUAAUCCUACUUAUACUGAUAUCUAUUAUCGAAAUGAAAUUCAUUCUUAUAUGUACGACGAAAAGUAUAAACUUGUCUCCAUUGACUGGAACUGUUUUAACUCUUGCCGGGAAACAUAUAUGUAACCCCAGAAAAUGUAUGCUAAUGGAUGUAAGUCGCAGCGGCUGCGACGACCGCACUGUUAUGCUUGCUUUGUCUCACAGACGCGCUCACUUAUAAAGAAUUCAAUGUAGUGGUAGCAAAAGUUUUUCGCGAUUAUUUCGGAAACUGAAUGCCAGCGACAUUUUUUGCAAAGCAAAAAAGUUGUUCAGAAUGUGCAAUUCUUGCAAUAUCUCAAGGUUUUAUUAAAAUCGGUUACUAUGGGGAUGUACUGAGAUAUUACCCCUCAUGUUUAUGAAAAUGAAGAGGAAAUAUUUCAUUCGAUCACAAACAAAAAUACCAAAACAUUCCUCACAUGUCUGAGAAUAACUAUGAUUGUAAUGCAGCAUAAAAUUGAUAGUACCUAAUACAAUCUUUUCUUUCAAAUCAAAACAUUUAUUAAACCAAAUUGUAACAGGUAACAAAAACAAAUAGGAUAUAAUAAUUUUGUUGCUAGAAAAAAAAUGAAUAUAAAAGAAAUGUUUAAAAAAGUUAUAUUUUUACUUGAUUAUGUAAGUCUUUCGGUUUCAUAAUAUUGGUAAACGAAUAAAUCACACAAUUUGAAUAGCUCAUAUUGCGUAUUUGCAUCGGUUGAAAUCGAUUGAAACUUUAUUUUCGACCCCAAUUCCUACAACUAUUCCGAACCGUAUCGAACCUGAAUUUCGAAAAAUGAUGAAACUUCGUGUAUAAGUGAAGUAAGUCACGCCUAAUAAAUUGCAAUUUCUUUCAUGUCGAAUUUCAUUUUGAAGGGGUGAAACCAGCCCUUGAAGAAGAUGCAAAUUUUUAAUUCUCGUGGAUUAUCUUACAAAUGGUAAGAGAUAGGAAAAGGAGGUUUAAACAAAAUGUAGCGGUACGUGGCUCGCAGCG